AUGUUGGUCAUCCCAACAAUACUCUCCUGCCUCUCCCUGGCCCAGGCGGCCAACAUCUUCGUUUCCCCCAAGGGCGUAGCGACCCCAGAUGGCUCCCAAGCCAAGCCCUUCUCCGACAUCCAAGCCGCCGUUAACAUCUCCCAGCCAGGCGACGUCAUCAUCCUCCGCGGCGGCACCUAUGACCUCCUGAAGAACAUCAACAUCACCGUCAACGGCACCGCCGCCGCUCCCAUUACCCUGCACGCCGCCAAGGACGAGGAGGUCAUCAUCGACGGCGAGGGUCUGCCGGAUACCCCCGCGCCCGUCGGCGCUUCCGUGCCGGGCCGGAACCGUGGUGUGCUCCACGUUGAGCGCGUUCAGUACUGGAACUUUGCGCGACUUACCUUUACGCACGGCGCGUACGGUGUGUACGUGAAGGAUUCGAGCAACUUGCGUUUUAACCAGAUUGUUACUCGCGAGAACUACGAAAGCGGUUUCCACAUGCAGGGUGCCCUGUCUAACAACGUAAUCUCGUACCUGGAUUCGUAUGGUAACCGUGACCCGAGAAACAACGGCGAGAACGCCGAUGGUCUUGCUAUCAAGGAGGGCAAGGGCGAGGGCAACAUUGUCGUUGGCAGCAGAUUCUGGGACAACUCUGACGAUGGUGUCGACUUCUGGGAGUUCCACUCCAAGUUGACCAUCAAGGACAGCAUCGCGUGGGGCAACGGCUUCAAUCGCUGGGACAUCCCCGACUUCACCGGCAACGGCAACGGCUUCAAGCUAGGCGGCGGCAGCGCAGGCGACAUCCUCCCCGCCGCCCGCGACGUCAUCAACUGCAUCGCCUUCGGCAACAAGGCCAACGGCUUCACCGACAACUCCCAGACGGGCGCCUUCGCCAUCGAGGACAACACCUCGUGGAUGAACGGCAAGACGGGCUUCCGCAGCGUCAACGCCACGGGCGUCCUCAAGCGCAACGUCGCCGCCCUCAACAACCCCGAGGCCCUCGCCAACGCCACCUACUUUGGCCAGGCGACGCUGCGGGAGCGCCAGACGUCCAUCGGCAACUCGUGGGAUGUUUUGGGCGCGGCUGCGCUGACGAACGCGAGCUUCAAGAGCGUCGAUAUCAGCCUCGUUUCUGGCGCGCGCGGCAAGAACGGAAAGAUUGUGCCGAGCGACUUUUUGGUGCUUGCUGAUGGGUCCAAGAGGGGCGCUACCACCAACUGGAAAUAA